AUGCCCCGGGCGCCGCUCCUGUGGCUGCUGAUGGCAGUCUCUGCGGCCGCGUCAGUGGUCGGCGUGCCCGGGACUGUGCUGCCCCCCACCACGGGGGACGCCACCCUGGCUUUCGUCUUCGACGUCACCGGCUCGAUGUGGGACGACCUGAUGCAGGUGAUCGACGGCGCUUCGCGCAUUCUGGAGCGCAGCCUGAGCCGUCGCAGCCAGGCCAUCGCCAACUACGCGCUGGUGCCCUUCCACGACCCAGAUAUUGGCCCGGUGACCCUCACAGCAGACCCGGCGGUGUUUCAGAGGGAGCUCAGAGAACUCUACGUGCAGGGAGGCGGUGACUGCCCCGAGAUGAGUGUGGGCGCCAUCAAGGCAGCUGUGGAGGUCGCCAGCCCUGGCUCCUUCAUCUACGUCUUCACGGACGCCCGCGCCAAGGACUAUCACAAGAAGGAGGAGGUGCUGCGGCUCCUGCAGCUUAAGCAGUCGCAGGUGGUCUUCGUGCUGACGGGGGACUGUGGUGACCGCACCCAUCCUGGCUACCUGGCCUAUGAGGAAAUUGCUGCCACCAGCUCUGGGCAGGUGUUCCACCUGGACAAACAGCAAGUGACAGAGGUACUGCAGUGGGUGGAGUCAGCUAUCCAGGCCUCCAAGGUGCACCUGCUGUCCACGGACCACGAGGAGGAGGGCGAGCACACGUGGAGGCUCCCCUUUGACCCCAGCCUGAAGGAGGUCACCAUCUCGUUGAGCGGGCCAGGGCCUGAGAUCGAAGUCCGAGACCCACUGGGGAGGAUCCUGCAGAAGGACGAGGGCCUAAACGUGCUCCUCAACAUCCCCGACUCGGCCAAGGUUGUGGCCUUUAAGCCUGAGCAUCCUGGGCUGUGGUCCAUCAAGGUCUACAGCAGCGGCCGCCACUCAGUGAGAAUCACAGGUGUCAGCAACAUCGACUUCCGAGCUGGCUUCUCCACUCAGCCCUCUCUGGACCUCAACCACACCAUCGAGUGGCCCUUGCAAGGGGUCCCCGUCUCCCUGGUGAUCAACUCCACGGGCCUGCAGGCCCCCGGCCGCCUCGACUCGGUGGAGCUCACUCGCAGCUCGGGGCAGCCCCUCCUGACUCUGCCCGCGCGGCCCCUCUCCAACGGAUCCGCCCACCAGCUGUGGGGCGGGCCGCCCUUCCACGCCCCCCAGGAGCGCUUCUACCUCAAGGUGAAGGGCAAGGACCCCGAGGGACACAGCCUCCUCCGCAUGUCUGGAGUUUCCUACAGCGGGGUGCCCCCAGGUGCCCCCCUGGUCAGCAUGCCCCCCAGGAUCCACGGCUACCUGCACCAGCCCCUGCUGGUGUCCUGCUCUGUGCACAGCGCCCUCCCCUUCCAGCUACAGCUGCGGCGAGACGGAGCCCGACUGGGCGAGGAGAGGCAUUUCCAGGGGUCAGGAAACAGCAGCUGGGAGAUCCCACGGGCCUCCCGGGCGGAGGAAGGCACGUAUGAGUGUACGGCGGUCAGCAGGGCUGGCACUGGACGAGCAGAUGCCCGGAUUGUCGUCACAGACCCCCCACCGCAGCUGAUCCCUGCCGCCAACGUGACCGUGUCCCCGGGGGAGACUGCCAUUCUGUCCUGCCGGGUCCUCGGCGAGGCCCCCUACAACCUGACGUGGGUCCGGGACUGGCGAGUCCUGCCGGCCUCGAUGGGCCGAGUCACCCAGCUGGCUGACCUGUCCCUGGAGGUCAGUGGUGUCGUCCCCAGUGACGGUGGGCGGUACCAGUGCAUGGCCAGCAACACCAAUGGCGUCACAAGGGCGUCCGUGUGGCUCCUGGUGCGAGAGGCCCCGCAGGUGAGCAUCCACACGAGGUCCCAGCGCUUCUCCCAGGGCGUGGAGGUGAAGGUCAGCUGCUCGGCCUCGGGCCACCCCACACCUCACAUCUCCUGGAGCCGUGAUGGCCACGCCCUGCCCGAGGACAGCAGGAUCCGCGUGGAUGCCCAGGGGACCCUGAUUAUUCAGGGGGUCGCCCCAGAGGACGCUGGGAAUUACAGCUGCCAGGCCACUAAUGAGGUCGGCACGGACUGGGAGACCGUCACCCUCUACUACACAGACCCACCGACGGUCUCUGCUGUAAACGGCGUGGUGCUCGCUGCCGUGGGGGAGGAGGCUGUGCUGGUGUGUGAGGCAUCGGGGGUCCCCCCGCCCCGUGUAGUCUGGUACCGAGGAGGUCUUGAGGUGAUCCUGGCCCCGGAGGGCUCCAGCUCUGGGACACUGCGGAUCCCCGCGGCUCAGGAGAGGGAUGCUGGCGUCUACACCUGCCGAGCUGUCAACGAGCUGGGUGACGCCUCUGCGGAAAUCCAGCUGGCGGUUGGACAUGCACCCCAGCUGACAGAGCUGCCCCGGGACGUCACUGUGGAGUUGGGGAGGAGUGCCCUCCUGGCGUGCCGGGCCACGGGCCGGCCACCCCCGAUGGUCAGCUGGCACCGUGGAGAUGGCCAGCCGUUGGGGCGAGAGCGGGGCAGCAGGACUGGGCAGCCCGACUUGGGAGUGCUGUUCUUUGAAAGUGUGGCCCCUGAAGACCAGGCCCUGUAUGUCUGUGAAGCUCGAAAUGUCUUCGGGAAGGUCCAGGCCGAGGCCCGGCUCGUCGUCACGGGACACGUCCCCCCACGGAUCGCCAGCAGUGCCUCCACCGUCAGGGUCGUGCAGGGGCAACCUGUGUCCCUGCCCUGUGUCGUCCUGGCUGGCAGGCCCCUCCCGGAGAGGCGCUGGCUCAAGGCAGGCCGGCCCCUCCCGCCUGGCAGCCGGCACUCCGUCCGGGCGGACGGCAGCCUCCACCUUGACCGGGCGCAGCAGGAGGACGCGGGCAGGUACAGCUGUGUGGUCACCAACACAGCUGGCUCUCAGCUCAGGGACGUGGAGCUGGUUGUCCAGGUGCCGCCUAGAAUCCAUCCCACCGCCACCCACCACGUCACCAACGAAGGGGUUCCGGCCUCCCUCCCCUGUGUCGCCUCAGGACUUCCCACCCCCACCAUUACCUGGACCAAGGAAACCAACGCCCUGACCUCCAGGGGUCCCCGCUUCAAUGUGAGUAAGGACGGCACCCUGGUCAUCGCCCGGCCGUCUGCUCAGGACGCCGGGGCCUACGUCUGCACGGCCACCAACGCCGUGGGUUUCUCCAGCCAGGAGAUGCGGCUUUCUGUCAACACCAAGCCCAGGAUCCACGCGAACAAGUCUCAUGAAGCAGACGUGCCUCUGAGAGUCACAGCAACAGCCGGUGAAGAGGUGACCCUGGAUUGCGAGGCCCAGGGCUCCCCAGCCCCACUGGUCACUUGGAUGAAGGACUCCCGCCCUGUGCCGCCUGUCACCAGCAGGCAGGGACUCCUCCCAUCUGGUUCCCUGCGUCUGGCCCAGGCCCAGGUGGGUGACAGCGGCCACUACGAGUGCACAGCCAGUAACCCCGCGGGGUCCACCUCCCGUCACUACGUCCUCAGGGUGCAAGUGCCUCCUCAGGUGCAGCCGGGCCCUCGGGUCCUGAAGGUGCUGGCGGGAGAAGCCCUGGAUCUGAACUGCGUGGCCGAGGGCCACCCCAAGCCCCGGCUGAGCUGGUCCAAGGACGGGCAGGCCCUGCGGGGCGGGGAGCCCGACGGCUCCGUCCACUUUGCGGCCAUCAGAACCUCCGACGCCGGGAGGUACCGCUGUGAGGCCUCCAACAGCGCUGGGGCGGACGCCUGGGAGGUGGAGCUCAGGGUGCUGGAGCCACCGCACUGGGGGGCUGACGAGACCAGUGGCCUGCUGGAGCGCGUGGCCGGAGAGAACGCCAGCCUGCCGUGCCCGGCCAGAGGGACGCCUACACCGCAGGUCACGUGGCGGAGGGGCCCGUCCUCAGAGCCCCUGCAGGGCCGGCCGGGCGUGGCGGUGCUGGAAGAAGGGUCUCUGUUCCUGGCCUCCGUCUCGCCCAUGGACAGUGGAGACUACGAGUGCCAGGCCACCAACGAGGCAGGUUCCGCGUCCAGGAGAGCCAAGCUGGUGGUCCACGUGCCCCCCAGCAUCCGAGAGGACGGGCGCAAGGCCAACGUGUCAGGCAUGGCCGGGCAGUCCCUGACGCUGGAGUGUGACGCCAACGGCUCUCCAGCCCCGGAGAUUGUGUGGCUGAAGGAUGGGCUGCUGAUGCCCCAGGCCGGCAGCCACCGCCUCCUGGAUGGGGCCCGGUCCCUGCACUUCCCCCGGAUCCAGGAGGGUGAUUCUGGCCUCUAUACCUGCCGGGCGGAGAACCAGGCUGGCACAGCCCAGAGGGACUUCAAUCUCCUCGUGCUCAUCCCUCCUUCUGUGCUUGGAGCCGGGGCUGCCCAGGAGGUGCUGGGCCUGGCUGGUGCCAAUGUGGAGCUGCAGUGUCGGUCCUCGGGGGUCCCCAUGCCCCAGGUGGAGUGGACCAAGGACGGGCAGCCCAUCCUUCCCGGAGACCCCCACACGCAGCUCCGGGAGGACGGCCAGGUCCUCAGAAUCGCCAGCAGUCACCUGGGGGACGAGGGGCGGUACCAGUGUGUGGCCUUCAGCCCAGCCGGCCAGCAGGCCAAGGACUUCCAGCUCCGAGUCCACACACCCCCCACCAUCUGGGGCUCCAAUGAGACGGGCGAGGUGACCGUCAUGGAGGGUCACCCAGUGUGGUUCCUGUGCGAGGCCCGAGGAGCGCCCAGCCCUAACAUCACCUGGUUCAAGGAUGGGGCCCUGUUGUCCCCCAGCCCUGAGGCUGUCUACGCCAGGGGCGGUCGGCAGCUGCAGCUGGGAAGGGCCCAGGGCUCGGAUGCUGGCAUCUACAUCUGCAAGGCCAGCAACGCUGCGGGGGCCGCAGAGAAGGCCACCAGACUGGAGGUUUAUGUCCCACCCACCAUCAAGGGCGCUGGCGGAGGACCGUACGAGGUGAAGGCUGUGGCUGGGAGGCCCAUGGCGCUGGAGUGCGUGGCCAGGGGCCAUCCACCCCCCACCCUCUCCUGGCACCACGAGGGGCUGCCCGUGGCAGAGGGCAACGAGACGUGGCUGGAGACGGGCGGCGUGCUGAGGCUGCAGAGCCCGGGGGAGGUGUCCAGGGGCCUGUACAGCUGCGUGGCCCGCAGCGCCGCUGGGGAGGCUGUGCUUCAGUACUCCGUGGAGGUGCAGGUGCCCCCACAGCUCCUGGUGGCCGAAGGCUUGGGCCAGGUGACGACCAUCGUGGGACAGCCCCUGGAACUUCCCUGCCAGGCCUCCGGCUCCCCGGCACCUACUGUCCAGUGGCUGCAGAAUGGCCGCCCGGCUGAGGAGCUGGCUGGGGUGCAGGUGGCCUUGCAGGGGGCCACACUGCACAUCGACCAUGUGGAGCUGGGCCACGCAGGCCUCUUCUCCUGCCAGGCCACCAAUGAGGCAGGCACUGCUGGGGCUGAGGUGGAGGUGUCCGUGCACGAGCUCCCAUCGGUUAAUAUCGUCGGGGGUGAGAACCUCACAGCCUCUUUCCUGCAGCCUGUGACCCUCCAAUGCAUAGGGGCUGGGGUGCCUACCCCAAGCCUCCGCUGGUGGAAGGAUGGGGUGGCCCUGGCAGCCUCUGGGGGGAACCUGCAGAUUGACAAGGUGGACCUGAGGGACGAGGGCAUCUACACUUGUGCCGCUGCUAACCUGGCUGGGGAGAGCAGGAGGGACGUGGCGCUGAAGGUUUUGGUGCCCCCCAACAUCGAGCCAGGCCCAGUUGACAAGGCAGUGCUGGAAAACGCCUCCGUGACCCUGGAGUGUCUGGCUUCGGGUGUGCCCCCUCCUGAUGUCUCCUGGUUCAAGGGCCGCCGGCCUGUCUCUGCCCAGACAGGAGUGACGGUAUCAGCUGAUGGGAGAGUUCUCCGCAUUGAGCGAGCCCAGCUUUCCAACGCCGGGAGCUACCGAUGUGUGGCAUCCAAUGUGGCAGGCAGCACAGAGAUGCAGUAUGGCCUACGGGUCAAUGUGCCCCCUCGAAUCACGCUGCCACCCAGCCUGCCAGGCCCGGUGCUGCUCAACACCCCUGUCCGGCUGACCUGCGAUGCCACUGGUGCCCCUAGCCCCACACUGCUGUGGCUGAAGGAUGGAAACCCUGUGUCCCUGGCAGGGACCCCUGGCCUCCAGGUCUUCCCUGGGGGCCAGGUGCUCGCCUUGGCCAGUGCCCGGGCCUCCGACUCCGGCAGGUACUCCUGCGUGGCUGUGAGCGCGGUGGGCGAGGACCGCCGGGACGUCAUCCUGCAAGUCCAUAUGCCCCCGAGCAUCCUCGGAGAAGAGCGGAAUGUGUCCGUUGUGGCCAACGAGUCCGUGGCCCUGGAGUGCCGGAGCCACGCUGUGCCCCUUCCCGUGCUGAGCUGGCGGAAGGACGGGCGUCCCCUGGAGCUGCGGCCCGGCGUCCGCCUCUCUGCAGACAAGGCGGUACUGGAGGUGGACAGGGCGCAGGUGUGGGAUGCAGGCCGCUACACCUGCGAGGCCCUGAAUGAGGCAGGCCGCUCCCAGCAACACUACAACCUGAACAUCUGGGUGGCUCCAGCGUUUCCCUCGGGGGAAUCUCACACUCUGAUCGUGAAGGAAGGGCAACCCGCCAGGCUGUCCUGCGAAUGCCAGGGCGUCCCCUUCCCCAAGAUCUCCUGGAGGAAGGAUGGACAGCCCCUGCCCAGGGAGGGGGCCGGCCUAGAGCAAGUGUCGGCUGUUGGGAGGCUGCUGUACCUGGGACAGGCCCGGCUGGCCCAGGAGGGAACAUACACCUGUGAGUGCAGCAACGUGGCAGGCAGCAGCGCCCAGGAGUGGCAGCUGGAGGUGCAAGUUCCCCCUCAGAUCUCCGGGCCCUGGGAGCCCCCCAUGCAGAUCUCCGUGGUCCAGGACCGGGGAGCCACUCUGGAGUGCAACGCCACAGGGAAACCCCCUCCAACGGUGACGUGGGAGCGGGACGGCCAGCCUGUGGGCGCUGAGCCUGGCCUGCGGCUGCAGAUCCAAGGGCAGAGCCUGUACGUGGAGCAGGCACGGGCUGCCCACGCCGGACGCUACAGCUGCGUGGCCGAGAACGUGGCCGGGAGGGCGGAGAGGAGGUUUGCACUCUCCGUGCUGGUGCCCCCAGAGCUCACCGGAGACUUGGGCCCAUGGACCAAUGUCACUGCCGCCUUGCACAGCCCCUUGACGCUGCUCUGUGAAGCCACCGGGGUCCCACCCCCAGCUGUCCGCUGGUUCCGAGGGGAGGAGCCCAUCAGCCCCGGGGAGGACACCUACCUGUUGGCAGGCGGCUGGAUGCUGAGGAAGACGCGGGUGCAGGAGCGAGACAGAGGCCUCUACUCGUGCCUGGCAAGCAACGUGGCUGGGGUGGUGCAGAGGAACUUCAGCGUGGAGGUCCUGGUUCCCCCCAGGAUGGAGAGCGAGGACCUGGAGGAGGUGCUCAGGGUCCCCGAGGGACAGACUGCCCAUCUGCCAUGCAAUGCCACCGGCCACCCACAGCCCCAGGUCACAUGGUUCAAAGAUGGCCGGCCCCUGUCUGGUGGAGACGCCCUCCACAUCUCCCCAGAUGGAGCCCUCCUGCAGGUCCUGCGGGUGAACCUGUCCAGUGCUGGCCACUACUCCUGCAUUGCGGCCAACGCCGCAGGGGAGAAGACCAAGCACUUCCAGCUUAGCGUCCUGGUGGCCCCGGCCAUCCUGGGAGUGACUGAGGACGGUGCAGACGAGGAGGUGACUGUGUCCAUCAGCAACCCCAUUUCUCUGAUCUGCGAGGCACUGGCCUUCCCUUCCCCCAACAUCACCUGGAUGAAGGAUGGGGCCCCUUUUGAGGCCUCCAAGAACAUCCAGCUGCUUCCAGGCACCCGUGGGCUGCAGAUCCUGAACGCCCAGCGGGAGGACGCCGGCCAGUACACCUGCGUGGUCACCAACGAGCUGGGCGAGGCUGUGAAGAACUACCACGUGGAAGUCCUCAUCCCCCCUUCCAUCUCCAAAGACGACCCCUUGGAGGAGGUCGGCGUGAAGGAAGUGAAGACCAAGGUCAACAGCACCUUGACCCUGGAGUGUGAGUGCUGGGCUGUGCCCCCACCCACCAUCCACUGGUACAAGGACGGGCAGCCUGUCACCCCCGGCCAGCGGCUCCGCGUCCUGGGCGAAGGGCGGCUGCUCCAGAUCCAGCCCACGCAGGUCUCGGAUUCGGGGCGGUACCUGUGCGUGGCCACCAACGUAGCUGGCGAGGAUGACCAGGACUUCAACGUGCUCAUCCAGGUGCCCCCCAUGUUCCAGAAGGUAGGCGAUGCUAGUGAAGACUUCCAGAUGCUGUCCCGGGAGGAGGAGGCCCGGGGCGAGGUGAUGGAGUACAGGGAGAUCGUGGAGAACAGCCCGGCCUACCUGUACUGUGACACCAAUGCCAUCCCAGCCCCGGAGCUCACCUGGUACAGGGAGGAUCAGCCCCUCUCAGCUGCGGAUGGGGUGACUGUGCUGCAAGGAGGCCGGGUCCUACAGAUCCCCUUGGUGCGGGCGGAGGAUGCCGGGAGGUACUCGUGCAAGGCCUCCAACGAGGUGGGCGAGGACUGGCUGCACUACGAGCUGCUGGUGCUGACCCCACCUGUGAUCCUGGGCGACACGGAGGAGCUGGUGGAAGAGGUGACAGUCAACGCCAGCAGCACCGUCAGCCUGCAGUGCCCGGCCCUGGGCAACCCUGUGCCCACCAUCUCGUGGCUCCAGAACGGGCUGCCCUUCUCCCCAAGCCCACGGCUGCGGGUCCUGGAGGACGGGCAGGUCUUGCAGGUCUCCACGGCAGAGGUGGCUGACGCUGCCAGCUACAUGUGUGUGGCUGAGAACCAGGCCGGCUCCGCCGAGAAGCUGUUUACCCUCAGGGUCCAAGUCCCGCCACGAAUCGCAGGCCCAAACUCGGAGCAGGUCACUGCCAUCCUCAACAGCAGUGUCUCCCUCCCCUGCGACGUCCGUGCUCACCCAAGCCCCGAAGUCACGUGGUACAAGGACAGCCGGGCCCUCUCCUUGGGUGAAGAGGCCUUCCUCCUGCCUGGCACCCACACGCUGCGGCUGGUGCGAGCACAGCCGUCGGACUCGGGGACGUACACGUGUGAGGCCCUCAGUGCUGCCGGCCGAGACCAGAAGCUGGUGCAGCUGAGUGUGCUCGUUCCCCCCACCUUCAGGCAGGCCCCCAGUGGCUCCCAGGAGGCGCUUGUGGUGCGGGCCGGGGACAAGGCCGUCCUGAGCUGUGAGACAGACUCGCUCCCCGAGCCGACCGUGACCUGGUACAAAGACGGGCAGCCCCUGGUCCUGGCGCAGCGGACCCAGGCUGUGCACGGUGGGCAGAGGCUGGAGAUCCCAGACACCCAGGUGUCGGAUAAAGGUUUAUACAGCUGCAGAGUCAGCAACGUGGCUGGGGAGGCCGUGUGGACCUUCGUCCUCGCCGUCCAGGUGCCCCCCACGUUUGAGAACCCCAAGACGGAGACAGUGAGCCAGGUGGCUGGGAGCCCCCUAGUCCUGACCUGUGAUGUGUCUGGGGUCCCUGCGCCCACCGUUACUUGGCUGAAGGACAGAAUGCCUGUGGAGAGCAGCGUGGCGCACGGCAUCGUCUCCCGGGGGGGCCGCCUCCAGCUGAGCCGUCUGCAGCCGGCCCAGGCUGGCACCUACACGUGUGUGGCCGAGAACGCCCAGGCCGAGGCCCGCAAGGACUUCGUGGUGGAUCCCCUGCCGCAGUGGCCCCCCCGGAUCCGGAGCUCCGGCCCGGCGCAGGAGCACCAUGUGUUGGAGGAGCAGGAGGUGCGGCUGGACUGUGAGGCCGACGGGCAGCCGCCACCCGACGUGGCCUGGCUGAAGGACGGCAGCCCGCUGGGCCAGGGCGUGGGCCCCCACCUCCGGUUCUACCUGGACGGCGGCUCCCUGGUGCUGAAGGGCCUGCGGGCCGCGGACUCGGGCGCCUACACCUGCGUGGCCCACAGCCCGGCGGGGGAGGACGCCAGGCUGCACACGGUGAACGUGCUGGUGCCUCCCACCAUCGAGCAGGGAGCAGAGGGCUCGGCGACCCUGGUGAGCAGGCCUGGGGAGCUGGUGACCAUGGCGUGCCCCACCCGGGGCUCCCCGCCCAUCCGCGUGAGCUGGCUCAAGGACGGCCUGCCCCUCGCACUCUCCCAGCGCACCCACCUGCACGGCUCUGGCCGCACCCUCAGGAUUUCCCAGGUGCAGUUGGCAGAUGCCGGUGUCUUCACCUGCGUGGCUGCGAGCCCAGCUGGCGUGGUGGACAGGAACUUCACCCUGCAGGUGCACGUGCCGCCUGUCCUGGAGCCUGCGGAGUUCCGGAAGGAUGUGGCGGUGGUCCGUGGCUCCCCGGUGGUCCUCCCAUGCGAGGUCCGGGGCAUCCCCCUGCCCCUUGUUUCAUGGAUGAAGGACGGGGAGCCCUUGUCACCCCAGAGCCUGGAGCAGGGGCCCAGCCUGCAGCUAGAGGCCGUGGAAGCUGGUGACUCGGGGACCUACUCCUGUGUGGCCGUGAGCGAGGCGGGAGAAGCCAGGAGGCAUUUCCAGCUGACCGUCAUGGAUCCCCCCCAUAUCGAGGACUCCGGACGGCCUACAGAGCUGUUGCUGACCCCUGGUGCCCCCAUGGAGCUCCUCUGUGAUGCCCGGGGCACCCCCCAGCCCAACAUCACCUGGCACAAGGACGGGCAGGCCCUGAGCAGGCCGGACGACAGCAGCAGAGCCGGACGGGUGCUCCGGGUGGAGGGCGUGCAGGUGGGCGACGCGGGGCUGUACACUUGCCUGGCCCAGAGCCCUGCGGGUGAAGUUGAGAAGAGCUUCUGGGUCAGGGUUCAAGCCCCUCCAAAUGUUGUUGGGCCUCGAGGCCCCCGUGCUGUGGUCGGCCUGGCCCCGGGGCAGCUGGUCCUGGAGUGUUCUGUAGAGGCCGAGCCAGCGCCCGAGAUCGAGUGGCACCGAGACGGCGUCCUGCUGAAGGCGGACGCCCACACGCAGUUCCCCGAGCAGGGCAGGUUCCUCCAGCUGCAGGCCCUGAGCACAGCCGACGGGGGCGACUACGGCUGCACGGCCCGCAAUGCCGCGGGCAGCACCAGCGUGGCCUUCCGCGUGGAGAUCCACAUGUCGCCCACCAUCCGGCCUGGACCGCCCGCAGUGAACGCCUCAGUGAACCAGACAGCCCUGCUGCCCUGCCAGGCCGACGGCGUGCCCCCGCCCCUCGUGAGCUGGAGGAAGGACGGGGCCCCCCUGGAUCCUGGGAGCCCCAGGUUUGAAGUUCUGCCCGACGGUUCCCUGAGGAUCCAGCCAGUCCUCACCCAGGACACGGGCCACUACCUCUGCCUGGCAUCCAACUCCGCUGGCUCCGAUCGGCAAAGCCGCAACCUCCAGGUCUUUGAGCCUCCAGCCAUCGUCCCCGGCCCCUCCAACCUGACCCUGACCGCCCACACCCCAGCCUCACUGCCCUGUGAGGCCAGCGGCUCCCCCAAGCCCCUGGUGACCUGGUGGAAGGAUGGACAGAAGCUGGACUUCCGCCUGCAGCAGGACGCCUACCGGCUCCUGCCCUCCAGUGCCCUACUGCUCACAGCACCCGGCCCCCAGGACGCCGCCCAGUUCGAGUGUGUGGUGAGCAACGGGGUGGGCGAGGCCCGCAGGCUCUACCAGGUGACCGUUCACGGGCCUCCCACCAUUGCCGAUGACCAGACAGACUUCACUGUGACCAUGAUGGCACCCGUGGUCCUCACGUGCCACAGCAUGGGCGUGCCGGCCCCGGUUGUGUCCUGGAGCAAGGCGGGCACCCAGCUAGGAGUGCGGGGGAGUGGCUAUCGUGUCUCCCCUUCGGGCGCUCUGGAGAUCGGGCAGGCCCUCCCCAUCCACGCUGGCCGCUACACCUGCACGGCCCGCAACUCUGCCGGCGUGGCCCACAAGCACGUGGUCCUCACUGUGCAAGCCGCCCCCACGGUCAAGCCGCUGCCCAGCGUGGUUCGGGUGGUGGCACAGGAGGAGGUGCUGCUGCCUUGCGAGGCCUCGGGCGUCCCCUGGCCAGCCAUCUCCUGGCAGAAGGAAGGCCUCAGUGUCCCUGCAGGAGCAAGUGCCCAGGUCCUACCGGGCGGACAGCUGCGGAUUAUCCGUGCCAGCCCUGAGGAUGCCGGGAACUAUUUCUGCGUCGCCCAGAACAGAGCAGGCAGCGCCCUGGGGAAAACGCGGCUGGUGGUGCAAGUCCCACCGGUGAUCGAGAAUGGCCUCCCGGACCUGUCCACCACCGAGGGCUCCCAUGCUCUCUUGCCCUGCACGGCCAGGGGCAGUCCUGAGCCCGACAUCACCUGGGACAAAGACGGCCAGCCUGUGUCUGGCACCGAGGGGAAGUUCACUAUCCAGCCUUCCGGGGAGCUGCUGGUGAAGGACGUGGAGGGCCAGGACGCUGGCACCUACACCUGUACUGCUGAGAAUGCCGUGGGCCGGGCCCGCCGACGCGUGCACCUCACCAUCCUGGCGCUGCCUGUGUUCACCACCCUGCCUGGGGACCGCAGCCUGCGCCUCGGGGACAGGCUGUGGCUUCGCUGUGUGGCCCGGGGCAGCCCUACCCCCCGCAUCGGCUGGACCAUCAACGACCGGCCAGUCACAGAAGGGGUGUUGGAACAGGAUGGGGGCAGCACGCUGCAGCGGGUGGCGGUCACCAGGCAGGACAGCGGGACUUAUGUCUGCUGGGCCGAGAACAGAGUGGGCCGCGUGCAGGCCGUCAGCUUCGUCCACGUGAAGGAGGCUCCUGUCCUACAAGGGGAGGCUUUCUCCUACCUGGUGGAACCUGUAGGGGCCAGCGUCCAGCUCGACUGUGUGGUCCGUGGAGACCCAGCGCCCAACGUCCGCUGGCUCAAAGAUGGCCUUCCACUGCGAGGCAGCCGCCUCCGGCACCGGCUGCAGAAUGGCUCCCUGGCCAUUCCCAGGACCGAGAGGGACGACGCGGGACAGUACCAGUGCCUGGCGGAGAACGAGAUGGGCACAGCAAAGAAAGUGGUGCUGCUCGUGCUUCAGAGUGCCCCGGUGUUCCAGGUGGAGCCCCAGGACACGACGGUGAGAUCGGGGGAUGAGGUGGCCCUGCGGUGCCAGGCCACUGGAGAGCCAGCGCCCACAAUUGAGUGGCUGCGGGCGGGCCGGCCCUUGGAGCCCAGCCAGCGGCUCAGGACCCUGCCCGACGGGAGCCUGUGGCUGCAGCGUGCGGAGGCUGAGGAUGCGGGCGCGUACGAGUGCGUCGCUCACAACCGCCUGGGCUCUGCCACAGCCCGGGCGUUCCUGGCCGUGAGAGGGGAGCCACGGGGGAGCCGGGGCAGCAUGAUCGGGGUGAUCAAUGGCCAGGAAUUUGGGGUGGCCACGCUCAACACCAGCAUACAGCAGGAGGUGCGUUCUGGGGUCACCACCAUCAGGAGUAUCAUCAGCCACAUCCCAGCAAACGUGGGGCCUCUGAUGCGGGUGCUUGUGGUCACCAUCGCCCCCAUCUACUGGGCCCUGGCCGGAGAGAGCGGGGAGGCCCUGAACGGCCACUCCCUGACGGGUGGCAGCUUCCGGCAGGAGUCACACGUGGAGUUUGCUACAGGGGAGCUGCUGACAAUGACCCAGGUCGCUCGGGGCCUGGACCCCGAUGGCCUUCUGCUCCUUGACAUGGUGGUCGAUGGCAUCGUCCCCGAGAGCAUGGCUGAUGCAGAUCUUCAAGUGCAGGACUUUCAGGAGCGCUACGUGCAGACGGGGCCCGGCCAGCUGUUUGUGGGCUCAACGCAGCGCUUCCUCCAGGGCGGCGUCCCAGCGCUCCUGCACUGCAACCACAGCAUCCAGUACGACGCGGCCCGGGGCCCCCAGCCCCAGCUGGUGCAGCACCUGCGGGCCUCGGCUAUCAGCACGGCCUUCGACCCCGAGGCCAAAGCCCUGCACUUCCAGCUCAACACAGCCCUGCAAGCGGAGAAUGAAGUCGGCUGCCCCGAGGGCUUUGAGCUGGACUCCCAGGGAGCGUUUUGUGUGGACAGGGACGAGUGCUCGGACAGCCCAAGCCCCUGCUCCCAUUCCUGCCUCAACGAGCCCGGCCACUUCUCCUGCUCCUGCCCGGCUGGCUUCACCCUGGCCUGGGAUGACAGGAACUGCAGAGACGUGGACGAGUGUGCGUGGGACGCCCACCUCUGCCGACACGGACAGCGCUGCGUGAACCUGCUGGGGUCCUACCGCUGCAUCCCUGACUGCGGGCCCGGCUUCCGGGUGGCCGCUGACGGGGCUGGCUGUGAAGAUGUGGACGAAUGCCUGGAGGGACUGGAUGAGUGUCACUACAACCAGCUGUGCCAGAACACCCCGGGCAGUCACCGCUGCGGCUGCCCCAGGGGGUACCGGAUGCAGGGCCCCGGCCUGCCCUGCCUAGAUGUCAACGAGUGCCUGCAGCUGCCCAGGGCCUGUGCCUACCAGUGCCACAACCUCCAGGGCAGCUACCGCUGCCUGUGCCCACCAGGCCAGACCCUCCUCCGUGACGGCAAGGCCUGCACCUCACUGGAGCGGAAUGGACAAAAUGUGACCACCGUCAGCCACCGGGGCCUCUUUGUGCCCUGGCUGCAGCCCCAGGCCCCCAUCCCUGGUGGCCCCUAUCAUGCCUGGCUCUCCCUCCGAAUGGGACCUGGAGCCCCGAGCAGCAUGGGCCGGGCCUGGUGCCCCCUGGGCUUCAUCAGGCAGAACGGCGUCUGCACAGACCUCGACGAGUGCCGGGUGAGGAACCUGUGCCAGCACGCCUGCCGCAACACCGAGGGCAGCUACCGGUGCCUGUGCCCCGCCGGCUACCGCCUCCUCCCCAGCGGGAGAAACUGCCAGGACAUCAACGAGUGCGAGGAGGACGGCGUCGAGUGUGGGCCCAGCCAGAUGUGCUUCAACACCCGCGGCAGCUACCAGUGUGUGGACACGUCCUGUCCUGCCACGUACCGGCAGGGCCCCAGCCCCGGGACGUGCUUCCGGCGCUGCUCGCAGGACUGCGGCGCCGACGGCCCCUCCACGCUGCAGUACCGGCUGCUGCCGCUGCCCCUGGGCGUGCGCGCCCACCACGACGUGGCGCGCCUGGUCGCCUUCUCGGACGCCGGCGUCCCUGCCAACCGCACGGAGCUCAGCGUGCUGGAGCCUGACCCGCGCAGCCCCUUCGCUCUGCGACCGCUGCGCGCCGGCCACGGCGCCGUCUACACCCGCCGCGCGCUCACCCGCGCCGGCCUCUACAGGCUCACCGUGCGCGCCGCCGCGCCGCGCCACCAGAGCCUCUUCGUCCUGCUCAUUGCCGUGUCCCCCUACCCCUACUGAGGCAGAGAGGGUCACCGGCUGCAGUUCUGGGGCCAGUGUGACCCCCGAGGAAGGGGGGCAGGGAGGAGCCGGCCCCGGUCAGACUGCGGACGGGACAGGGUGGCCCUGUCCGUACCAUGUGCUGUGGCAAGUGGAACGUCAUCCUCUCCCGCCCCCGUGCGUCAGUGAGACCUUCAGUAAACACAACCCUGCGCAGCCUUGACCCCAGGACAUCGAGGACCUGAGCUCGCGUAGGCAGGUGGCAAAGGCUGCACUUAGGCGGCAAGGCUGGGGGAGAAGCCUCGGGUCUCACCCGCCCCUCCAGGCUUGCCCAAGCCUCAGGGAGGCGGGGCAGGGGGCAGACCGUGUGGUGAUGGCAGCAGUGGUCGCUGUCCACACCUGGCACUGUCAUCCUGAACCCAGUGUGUGUGUAUGCACGAUAUAAAAACGAUUGUUUUUAACCGA